UGAAGAAUCACAAAGAAGAAGAAAUAGAGUAUAUACAACAACUCAAGAAAAGAAUAUUUAAAACCCUUAAACAUUAGAAAAGCUUCAAUGGUCCUACUCCUACAAACUUAGUUGUCAUCAACUAUUUUUCUUCAUCUUCUCCUCUUUACUUGUCUCCCUUUUUCUCUGUUUUUCCACCUUUUUCUCAGACUUUAAGGCCUGCCAUACAACUAAUUCUUCAUUUUAAAUAUACAGGUGAGUGUUUUAACCAUCUGGGUCUCUGUCUUUUUGGUCGGUUGAUGCUCAUUAUGUUGUAAAGCUUUCACCUUUUUGAUUUUUUACUUCUGGGUCUCUCUGGAAAUUGCUUUGGAAUCAAGAAAGGCUUGUUUGUUGUGAUAAAGUUUCUAUCUUGGGUCUUUGAUCGUCUUGGUUUUCAGUUUUGCAGAAAGGGUUUGAUUUCUUGUAUUGAAAAAUUCAAUCUUUCUGCAGGAAUGUUGGAUACUUGGCUUUAUGUCAGCAAGCUUGUUGAAAUUUGAGAGUUGGGUUUUGUAUUUAUCUGUACUGGGAUUAUUUGUGUGUGCUAAUUGAAGGAUUUGGAGUUAGUGAAAGACUAAAGAGAAGUGGAUUUAUUGGCAUGUUGAGUGUGAUGAAUGGUGCCUCAAGAUUUUGAAGUUUUUGAUCUUAUGCAGAUAGAAUUUUUGCUUAUGAGCCUCUGAGAGUAUCAAUAUUGGAAUGAUAUAGAUUGCAUCUCUUGAAAAUUAAUAGAGCCCAGUGGAUCAAGAGUGAACAGUUCGAAAGCUUUAAUCGUGCCAGUACAUAAUUAUUAAAUCUCUCCGGAGUAAAGGGAUCGUUGGCUCUAAGUUUGCAGGUAAGGGAGACUCCAAUCCAUAUAAGGGGGCAAUUGGAUGAAAACCAUAUUUUGUUGAAGUCAUUACUAUUACGAAAAUACUAUGGGGAAGAGAUCACAAAGGCGUCGUCUGCAAUCGAGAAAAGAUCAGGGAGGUUGUAUGGGUGGUCUGAUUAGUAUAUUUGACUUCCGGCAUGCUAGAUUAACAAGGAAUCUUCUCUUAGAUAAGAAGCAUGCCAGCAAACAUCCUAACGAUCCUAAGGCUGGCGGAUAUCUUUUAACCAACCCUGAUAUGAUGGCAUCUUCAGAUGAUGAAUGGCUUACUACUAAGGAUCCUGAAGAGAAUGGACUGGAAAAAAUUGGCCCUCCAAAUCCAAAGACUAGUGUCAAGGAACUCAUGGAAGAAGCCAUGUCUGGGGAGAACACUCUGAAGAUAAAGUCGGGUAGUUCAGAUGUAACCUUAGACCAAUCAAAUCCAGAACAUGGGGGACAUCCUAGAGGUAACUCUAAAAGGGUAAAGAAUCAUCGCAGCAAAUCUUGUGAUGUUGAGUGCAUAAAAGACUGGGGUGCAGCUGAAAACUCUGACCAGGUCUUGGACCAGGAAACCUUAAAAAAUCUUGAUAUGGGAAUAAUACUAGAGGAGUUCUGCCGAUUAAAUCCGAAAGGUAGUUACUUGAAAAAAGAUUCACAAGAUGCUGUCAGCAUGAAAUCAGAUCAAGUCAGAACACAAGCUGAAGAAAAGUUAGCUGCAGCAAUUAAGGUUUUCACUAGCCAGAGAUUUGGUAAUGACGAGCACCUCACGAAAGAUAAAAGGACUCAUUACUCCAAAGAAUUAAUGGAUGCUCUUCAGACAUUGAGCUUAAAUAAGGAGUUGCUUUUUGAACUUCUACAAGAUCCUAAUUCACUCUUAGUAAAGCACAUUCAAAGCAUGGAAGAUGGGCAGUAUGAUAAAGACCAAAAAACCAGCUCAUUUUCCAACCAACUGGAAGAAGAGCUGAGUAGAUCCACACCAGGUCACAAAAAUCGCAGAAUAUUUAGGAGAAGAAGCAAGUCACAGGAUAGCAAUUUCCUAAAAGAUUAUGACAAAAGUCAACCUUCAAGCAGAAUUGUAAUUUUGAAGCCUGGACCAACCACUACAAGAAAUUCUGGAACUGACAGGACUGUUAGCACAUCACUGCAAAGUAUAGAUGACAGAUCGCAUAGCGAAAGGAAUUAUUACCAUUUUUCCUUAAAUGAAAUUAAAAGAAAACUAAAGCAUGCUAUGGGAAAAGAUCGACAAGGAUUAUCUUUCAAUGAUACACUUCCUCGUCACUUUCCAAACUUGAGAAACAAUGAGAAAGGGAUUGGUGAGGGACAUGGUGGCUGGAGCUCUCCCAAUAGAGACCAUUUUUAUACUGAAAAAUUUGCCAAAUCUCCUCUUGGCACUAGGAGGGGAGAUAAGAUUGGAAACCUGAAGGAAUCUCAAAGAGCACCAGAGAAUGAAACCAUUGAAAUUACCAGUCAAGGGGUUUCCAGCAUCUACUUUGAAGCCAAAAAACAUUUAUUAGAGAUGCUGAGUGAUGGAGAUGAAAAGGAAGAGUUGGUUGAGAGGCAAUUACCCAAAUCUCUAGGGAGGAUACUCUCUCUCCCAGAGUACAGCUCUACUCCUAUUGGUAGCCCUGGAAAGGAAAGGGAACGAAGCAUCGUUAUUCCGCAGAAGAAAUCAUCUCCUAGCAGCAAUUAUCACACGGUCGAUGAAAAUAUGUGGCGCGUUAUCCAGGAAAACCAUCUUAUUCAGUUGAGUUCACCAAAGAAAAACUUAGGUAAGCCAUCAAUUAUUGUCAAUGAUGAGGCUGACAAUAAACUACAAUUUCCGGAGUUAAAUUCAGAUGGUCAGCAUGAUGCUGAUCGAGACACUUUAGCUCAAGAACCCAUGUCUACAAUGAAAGAAGAAACAAUCUGCGAAGAAACAAAUUGCAAAGAAACGCUGGAGUCUGUUAGAUUUACAAAUCCUGAUGCCCAGGAAUGUGUCCAAAUCUCUGCAGUCUCUCGUGAAUCAAGCAGCUCCUUAAAGAGAGAGGUCCGUAGUUGUGAUGCAGCCAAAGUUUGUGAUGAUGAAAAACAUUCCGCUAGCGAUUUGAGCAAAGGGACUGAUGCCUUGUCUUCUCCCCCAAGAUCUCCCCCUAGCCCUUCAAUUACCCAGAAAGUUGGAACUCCUGGCAUGUGCAUUGAUAGAGAAGAGCGGCCAAGCCCCAUAUCUGUCCUUGAACCUUUGUUUUCCGAAGAUGACAUUAGUCCAUCAAGGACCAAAGUAAAACCCGCAGUUCAACCAUUGCAAAUCCAAUACGAGGAAUUGGUCUCUUCUGAUCCUGAUCAUACAAUGUGUACACGAACUUGCAUGAAUGAUGAGGAAUCUGCAUUUGAAUAUGUAGAAGCUGUCCUGUUUGGUUCAGACUUAAAUUGGGAUGAAUAUCUCUCGAGGUGGCUUUCUUCAGACCAAGUUCUUGACCCAGCCUUGUUUGAUGAUGUAGAGUUAUUUUCCAGCCGAUCCUCCCAUGAUCAGAAGCUCCUUUUUGACUGUACAAACGAUGUUCUUAAGGAGUUAUGUGAUCGAUACUUUGCCCAUUCAUGUGUAAAACAAAAUGUUCGAAUUAUCCCAAGGGGGAUGAAGCUUAUCAAUGAGGUGUGGCAAGGAGUUGAACGACAUAUUAAUCAGCCUCCUGCUCCUCGUUCUUUGGAUCAACUUGUAAGAACAGACAUGUCGAAACCUGGAACAUGGAUGGACCUCCAUGUUGAAACGGACAACAUUGUCAUCGAACUGGAAAACUUCAUUAUUGAAGAACUGAUGGAAGACACAAUUUUAAGCUUGGCCAACAAUAGAAUAAAAGAUGUUCGAUGUGAAACAAUCGAGGACGAGGAAGCUGUUUAUACAUAAAGGAAGAUCUUUUUUUAAGCUUGGUUGGAGGAAAGUUGUCCAGAGAUUUCUUCGGAAUUUGGAGGAAACUUUUAGUGGUACAUCAGGUCUCACUGAGUUAAGUUAGAUCACAUGAUCUCAUUCUCUCCUCGACAGUGUUUUCCUGAUUUCAGGUCAUGUUUUCUGAUCUUCUUUACUAAUAUCAAAUGGAUAGAGUUGGCAUUAUCUUGGUCCAUUUAUACUACUAAUAGUCCUACGUGGAGAGACAUUUUAGAGCUGGAAUGAUUCGUCAUGUCAUUCAACAAUAACAUUGUCAAGAUGGUGCCACUGAACUAGUUUCUUUCAGGAUCAUGGAACUAGGCCAUACAGAGUUUUAAAAUUUUACCUCUUUGUAAAGUUUGUUGCAUGAAGUGUGUAUUGUCACUAAAGGAUCUAACUAAACCUUUAGUCGUAAUGUAGCAAUGUUGUAGUGUAGAACUUGUGAACUGUGUGGUAGACUGGUAGGCUACUUGUAGAUAGAUAUAUAUAGUGAUAUAGGGAAGUGAGAUUGUAGUAGGAUGUUUUUUCCCCUCUUGUAAUGUUUUUUGUGUGAAGUAUCUUGGAGGUUUGUUAUAUUUA